CGUUCAUUUCCGACAUGGUAUAUAGUGUGUGCUGGAAGACCAUAACAAAAAUCCGGCACACUUGAAUGAAAAUGAACUUUCGUUUAUUGAACUCGUUCAGGUACAGCGCUGCUUGCUAUAUGUAGGUAUGUUCCAAAAGUUUCUGAACCACUUAUACGUCAAAAUACACUGUAUAAUUGGAUCGAGGAUAGAAAGACGAAUAAAAUGAGCCCGAGUUUGUAGAAAUUGGAUUAAGGAUUUUGUGCCACUUUUUUAUGUCAAAAAUUGGCCCAAAUUUACUUGUCCAGGAAUCAAUAGAAAUCAAAAGAAAAUGUGUGACCAAAACCUUGACUCUUUGGUAGAAAAAUGCCCAGAUGUUUCUUAUUAGUUGAAAUGAAAAUGUGAUUUCAGAUUUUUCAAUGGCGGCGUCCGCUCGAGCCGUCUCAUUUUCUGAGCCAAACCAAGAGACAGUGCAUUGUCAGAAUUACUUCAGACUUCACAGAAAACAAGAAGAAUAAUAGUUCAUCACGUCCAUAUAGUUUUCAAUCGCGUCCGCAUCCUGUGACCGUAUGAUUUUGGACACCGAAACCGAGGAACAUUUUCACCUUUGUCAGAACCACAGAAAAUGUCAUCUUAAUUAAAACUUUCAAAAAUGAGGAAGUAAAGGGAUGUCCCAACAGCGUCAUUGGGAGAGAACUAGGAUUACCUUGCGUGAAAAACAAAAUGAGGGAAAAGUGAUUUCGGUUGACCCCCGCUAAUUUGGAGUGCUGGAAAUCUGGCACAGCGAAAUGGAAAGAAAAUAGUGGCCGUUUUUCUGGAUUUGGUAAUAAUACCUAAUCUUUCUAUAUGGUAGCAUACCAACUGUUUUCAUAUUGGCAUUUUAGCAAUAGUCAUUAGAAAUAGUACGUGGCCAGAUGUAACCAUCUAAAAUGCCCAGCCGCACUUUCUUUCUCGGGUUGCUAUUUUGAUACGUGUUCGCGUACACACUGGGUACGUUCGGAAAUUCAAGAUGAGAGAGGGGCUUAUCUGAAUAACCGAACAGCACACUCCAUCAACAGUUCACAUUUUUACUGAAGAGUUGAAAGAGGCUUGAUAGUUUCAUAUUUCUGUCAGUGAGAAGCAGUGAACAGAAAGCGCCACCCAGCUGGAGUGUGAAAGUGAUCUAGAUUAAGAUAUGUGGACUUGAAUGUUCCAAAGCAGAAGAACACAGAUGUAAUCCUUCUAUGCGUGGAUUAUCGUCUUCAUUCGUUUUUUCCUCUAAUCCCACUGCUCUCUGGAAUUGUGAGUUAUGAUGUACUCGCCAAUCAAAUACUUUCAUGAUUGUCUCUCGCCUCCUUCUGUUCAUCGCUGCCAUUAGACGGCGGCCACGGUUCCUAAGUGAGCCAAAUGCAGCAGCUGAUCAGAUAUGUUGUGCUGUUUGCGUUGCCGGAAAUCUGUCACUGACUUGCCAUUGUGCUCAUUGUAUUCAGGUUGACUCAGUGAAACUGGAACCCUGCAGACAUCCGAUAGCUGCUGGAGCGGGAAACCUGUUUCCGCAUCCUCAUUACAAAGAGAACACAGCAAAAAAAUACUGUGGAUUUUCUUUGGGAAGCAAAGAAAACGAGCGAAUGCAAUUUGUGUAGAAAUUGUGUGUGUGUGUGUGUGUGUGUGCGUGUGUGCGUGCGUGUGUGCGUGUGUGUGUGUGUGUGUGUCUGUGGAAAAAGGGGAUUUUGGAAAAGUGGCCCGGAUGUCCUAAAUGAGGUGUUGAAGUUGAAAUGGUUUGAAUCAAUGAAGAAAUGUAGGAAAUUUGACAGAAAGAAAGUAUUUUUGGUAUACAAGAACAGAUUAGUUCUACAGUUCUACACAGCGGUCAUCAAAUCAGUCCUGUGUUCUUCCAUCACAGUCUGGUUUGGUGUUGCUACAAAAAAGGACAAACUCCGACUGCAACGGACAAUCAAAACUGCUGAAAAGAUUGUCGGUACCCCCCUACCCACCAUUGAGGACUUGCACGCUGCCAGAACUAAGACAAGAGCGUGCAAAAUCCUCUCGGACCCUCCGCAUCCUGGUCACCGGCUCUUCCAGCUCCUUCCCUCAGCAUGUACACUUUCCACCUGCUGCCCGCUGGAUGUCGACGGUGAUCAGGAGAAGACGAGCAGCUGCUGUUUGAGUUUGCGGAGCCAUGAGGGAGUUCCUGUUCUUCCUCCUGGCUGUGUCAGUCGCAUCCUCCCGGUCUCACAUCAACGGGUGUGAGCUGGGUUGUGACUGUCAUGGGGAUCUGAGGUUCGCCAUCUGUUCACGAGCCUUCUUCACUCAGCUGCCUGGCAGAAUCCCGUCCACCACAGAGCUGCUGGACUUGUCCGACAACCGGAUUGCCAUCAUCCCUGAGCAGUCUUUCAACAAGAACCGCAAACUGCGUGUGCUCCUUUUGCAGAACAACAACAUAAGUGUGGUGCAGGAUGGUGCCUUCUCACAGCUGGAGUUCCUGCAGAAGCUGGACUUAAGCGGGAACCGGAUCUCCACCCUAGGCAAAGGCUUCUCAGUUGGCUUGGCCUUCCUACGGGAACUACAGUUGGCCCACAACUCACUGAGCAGCCUGGACAGUAGCAGCUUCAUGCACCUGGACAGCCUGCAGAGGUUGAACCUGAGCGGCAACAGCAUCCGCACCAUCCAGGUCAGAUCAUUUGCCUCCAUGAGCAGCUUGCGGCAUCUGCACUUGGAGGGCAACCGACUGACGUCUCUGAAAAGCGGGAUCUUCUCCAUGCUGCGCUCACUGGAGCGCCUCAACCUGGGCAGAAACCACAUCAACGAGACACAGGUGGGCGUCUUCAAACCCCUCACCAGCAUGACCCUCCUCAACCUGACCCACAACCGGCUGACCAGCGUAUAUUUCAAGACCUUCCUGAGCAUCCACACCUACAGCACCCAUAUCCUGCUGGAGGGAAAUCCCUGGAAUUGUGACUGUGACCUGCAGAGAGUUUUUCGGAAGCUGCGGAGCAUCCAGAGACUCUUCCUGGACGAUUACUACAACUUGACGUGUGGGAAGCCCGCAGUGCUGCGCAACUACCGGUUGACCCAGGUGGACACAGAACUAUGCAUCGCUGAGACUGUCACCGUACUCAUCAUAACCGUCACUCUCGUCAUAACGGUGCUGGCUGCCAUGCUCAUGGGAGAGAGGAAGAGGAAAAGGAAGAAGAGAAGGAAGCACUGGACACAGCAGGGAGAACUGUCAGACGAGUCAGACUGCUGACUUUGCAAUUUUUUACAUUUUUCAAUUUUCCUUUAUACUUACGAGUGCCCCAACUUACAGGUUUUUCAAGUUACAAGUUGUCGGUCGAUUUAUUUGUUAUUUUUUUCCUUUGUGUUGCGAGGGAAAUUUUGAGAUACGAGCGAGCUUCAGCUACGCCGCCGCUCCAGUCAAGUGAAAAAAAUUGGUUUGCAGUAGUUGUGGCUGUAGUUCAGUGCCCGAGUGAUGUUAGCAACAGUGGUGGCAGUGUCGUUAUCUAUUAUCGUAGCCCACAGCGUUGAAUUUAGUGGUGCUAUUUGCAGUAAUGGUGGCAGCUCGGGUUUGAGGCAGCGUUAGAUGAGUGAAGUCGUUAAAUAGAUUGCAUAUAGGCCUACUUAGAAUCGAUAGUCUAUCACCUUGAGUGUCAUUAUGCGAUGCUUGUCAUAUGGUGUGGAUUUGUGGAAGUGGUAUGUCAGCACAGGUAGUAAAAUCAGCUGUUGACGGCGGAAAUGGUUGAUUGAACUGUGAGAGAGUGGACAGAGAAGUCCGACCUUUUGCUUAUCGCAUUUGAUAUCCCUAAUGGAAGGCUAAUGGAACAAUAAUCAACGUAUCAUCAUCAGUCAUCGUAUUGGAAUGCAUUGGAUUAGUUAUAAUAUCACCAUCUUGUUUGCUUUUAACGGCGAAUAAAUCUACAACUGUACUAAGAAGUACUUUUGGGUUGGUGGUUUUUGCUGACAAAUGGUCAGUAAUUGCACUUUAUAGAACCACUUUAUUAUUUUUUUUCUCAUUAUGUUUUAUCAUGUUUUUAAAUUGAGAACAUCAAUUUUGAUCCUUUUUGUUGGCUGGAACAGAUUAUUGGCAUUUAAUUUCAUUUAAACGGUGAACAUGUAUUUUCUAUACACUGGUUCCUCCACUUUCGAGUGACCAAACACAAUUUUUUUCGAGAUACAAGCCAUGGCUCAGCUCUGUGUGUGUGUGUGUUUGUGUGUGUGUUUGUGUGUGUGAACAAUGAUUUGAGUUACGACCGCUAGAUAGCGGCAGCGAACUUUACAACAAGUAGCAGUAUGGCAAAUAGUGAACAAUUCUUCAAAAAGAUGCUAGAUUAAAACUUCACCUGUAUUGCCACUCCCAAUUGAAGUUUACUGUAAAUGUAAACAUAAAACAAAAAGAGAUUCAACCAACAUAACAUAACUUUACUUUAUGCAAAUCUGUUAGCACAAUGGUAACACACAAUGCAAAAUUCCAUACACGAAUACACUAACAAAACUACCAUGGGUCUUGUGGUACUUUUAAACCUUUAAACAACAGCUAUUAAAUACAAACAGUGCAGCAACACAUGUAGCCGGGAAAUGUAACAAUAUGCACAGGCAUAUAUUCUUAAUGCUUGCGAUGUAAUUUAGUCUUCUUUGUGGUUCACCAUCAAAUUUACCUGUAUGAUACUGUCCCCUGUUGGCCCAGAGGGAGCCAGAUAAUGUCCAUGGGAUUAAAGCAUGAAAAAUUAGAGCUGAAACAGUUUAAUUUUUUUACAUUGUAUUUAUUUGUAUUAUAACUGUAUAUUUUUAGACAGUAAAAUAAUGUACAUUGCUAUUUUUCUUAUGAAAAAAUAUGUUACAAAAUAAUUACUCUUUUUUUUAUGGCAUUUCCUUUCAUUUUACUGGUGGAAGAUGACAUGAGAUGCAAGUGUUUUGAGCUAUGAGUGUUGCCUCGGAAUGAAUUAAACCUGCAAGUCAAGGUACCACUGUAGUUUUGUAAUCUUGCACCAACAAGCUGAUCCUCUUCUUCUUUGCUGCUUCAUUCUUAUUAAGACCCGUUUAUUGCUACACUAAAAAACAUCAUUAUCUCAUUAUUGUAAUUUCACACCCUUACCGGCCUUUUGUGUCGCACAGAGACUUUCACCCUUUAUUUUGCAGUGUUGCAUCAUGAUAAAGUGAAAGCUGUUGUUCAUGUUGUUUGAAAAAUAAACGUGUGUGACAUGAA